AUGAACACUACUGAACUAACCUCCGAGGCAAAUCAUCACUCGCCGUCUACAUCUGCCUCGCCGUCGGCACCAAUAUCAACAAUAAGUUUCGAAGCUUCCAACAACACUAUUACUCAGCAACGACCGUCAUCAAGAAGAGUAGCUAGACGUGCAUGUUUGUCGUGCAGAGAAAAGAAGAUCAAGUGCGAUGGUGAGCCCGUUUGCGCCAUAUCUUCAGCAGAUGGAGUCAACAAAGUGGUUCCAGAAAAGACAAGGACUUGUUCCAAUUGUAAAUUCUUGGGUAUAGAGUGUGUCUUUGUGCAAAGUAAUCGUGGAGGAAGAAGAAAGAGAAGAGAAGCCAAUGGUGAUUCAGGAAACAAGACUGGGGAGAAUACGGCAACUAAUGAUCAAGUGAAAAAGAUACGAACGGAGAGUUCAACUACUGGCACAUUCACACAGGAAAAUGAUUCUCAAAAUACAACCAAGAAAGCCACUACAAGCGAAGACCAGAUAGUUUCAGGUUCAACAGCUAGAGUCAGCUCAUUUAUCCUAGGGAACAACAAUAAGCCAAAUUUUACUCUACCGGGUACAACUCAAACUGAUUUCCCACAUGCGUUGGGUAAGAUGCCCCCACCUACAUUUUCCUCAAGUGAAGGUUUAAAUUUGAGAAGUGAUUAUGGCCAUCAUAUGAGUAAGCCGCCGUACCCUGAGUUUGAUGAAAUGGUGCAAAGUGACACUACGAGAUCCAAUUCCUAUGACUUCCCCCGGUUCCCAUUCGGAAGAAGAUACCAAGACAUUGAUCGUCCUGAUGGAACAGAAACCGAAUCCUCAUUCCAAUUGUCGAGUGUCCCACCAAAGGGAAGACAACACGACAAAGAAAGUAGCCCACCGUCACCUCAUGAUUUUGGUCAUGGCCCCCAUCGUCGUGGGCCACCGCCACAUCCGCACUCACAUCCGCAUCCACACUCACACGAUCGUCAUCACAUGGAUGAAGAUGAUUAUUAUUCACUUCCUCCGCCACCUCCACCUCCACCUCCACCUCCAUUUGGCUUCCAUCAUGGACCUCCUCCGCCACUCCCACCUUUUGGCCCUCAUCCUCCUCCGCCUCCGCCACCACCGGGGCAUUUUCCUCAUUUCCACCCGCAUUUUCCACCUCCACCUCCACCUCCACCUCCGCACCACCAUCAUUAUGGAAUGUACAAGCAUCACUACCCUCACCCUCGGCAUCGCCGUCACCAUCACCAUCACCAUCAUCGUCGCAAGUUCUAUGACCCUCAAUAUGAUAAGCACGACUCUGCAGACGAGCUGUAUUCGCCAAAGCUUCAUGAUCGUCGUAAAGCUGACAAGGAGACGCUCACUGAGAACAGCUCGUGCUCUAGACUGAGACGGUUUGGUAGUGUUUCAAGCUCUUGUUCAACCCCGUCGUCGGGAACUGAUGGAAAGGAUAUGAGUCUGUCGUUGGUAGCAAAGUUGCCUGAUAUGGAGGGAAAGAGCACGUCAUUGGUGGGUGAGCAUAAUAUUGGAGCACAAGAGGAGAAAGGCGGUACUGCCACUGCUGUUGAAAUUACAACUUCAACUACUCGUCCAUCUGUUUCUAAAACUCAGAAGCAACCAUUCUCAGACACCGAGUUAGCUGAAUAUGAUCUUCCCAAUUGGCAGACUUUGGAUAGAGUUUUGACAUAUUAUUACAUCUACAACCAGCCAAAUCACCAAUUAUUCCCUGGGAAGUCAAUCCUACUCGAUAACUUGUCUUUAAAACUCGACAGCUCAGUGUUUCACGCAAUCAUUUCCACAAUCUGCAUAACGGCAACUAGACAAGACCCCACUUUACCAAUCAGCAGCGACGAAAACUUCUGGAUCAACAAUGUUUACAAGUACUGGGACAAUCUUAAUGGGCUUGGGAUAAUGACGUGCUACAAAUUGAUUUCCAAGUGCACUUCAUUCAGGUACGAUAUGAGCAACAUCAAUAAAGCCAAUGCCAAGAUUCUCGACACGAUUCAUGAAAAUAACUAUGUCGAGAUAUACAGUCAAAAGCGGUUUGAGUUCCAACAGGCAGAAGUGAAGCUAAAUAGCAAAAUACCACAAAAGCAUCCAAUAUUUGGUACACGAAGACAAAUUUAUGAACGUGAAGUUGUACUUCGAUUGAUUUGGAAUUUUUACAUCCAUCAUAUAAUCUUGCUCAGAUUCAAUCAAGGUCGGCCUUACUACAAGUUAUCCAUGAUUAUUGAUGAUUUCAAAUUGGAUUAUGAGCGAGACCAUUACUCAAACAACAUUUUGCUCCCGUUGAACGAUUAUGAUUUUAUGAAUUUGAAGUUGGUUAAUAAUCGCACAAAUUGGAAACAGUUGCACGAAAAGAGUUAUAUCCCCUCUGAUGCUGCUAGUUUGAUUUUGGCUAGCAAGAUUUUCGAAAAUUUAUUGACGAAAUUGUCCAAUGAUGAAUUGAGUUUUGAGAAUUUGAUUAAUGUUAGUGAGUUUAAUGUUGAUUUUACAUGCAAGAUCAAGUCUCAGCAUAUUACUAUAAAGGAAGAUAGGAAAUUGAUUGUGGUCAAUGUGAGUUAUUGGUUUGCCAAUAUGAUUCUUCGAGUUUCUGAGGUUUUGCAAUACAAUCAUUUCAUUCACAAUGUGAUGGUUUUCAAAAUGUACAAACAUGAGUUUAAAGUGCAUGUGGAAGAGACCAAUCACAAGAGCAAGGACACUUCAUUCACGCCAAUAGUAUGUGAUGAAAUUCUCGAAUGCAGUGAUUUAUUCGAGCGAUUAACCAAGCUUCAAUCAUUUCAAUGGCAGAGUAUUAUUGAAGUGACAAAGUCAAUAAAUGGAUUCAUUUCAUUGAUUGAGUUUUCCCCACUGUCGGAAUACGAAGACUAUGCAAUUGUACUUGGACCAUCUUUGAUCAGUAGUGAAGAACCGGUAGACAAGAGCAACACCAUCAGUAAUGUCAUCAACAAAUCAACCGAAUGGUACGACUCGCCCGAAUUGCAGACCACGGUCAAACAAUCUUGGAACAAGUUGCCACCAUAUUCAUUAUCAUUCUCGGCGGGGUUCUUGUCAGUUGUGUGCAGCUUGGCAGUAUUGACGAAAUAUGUAAAGCUCAGAUCCAAUGCGGAUCUGAAAUGUCUAGUUGUUGAAUUCAUACCAACUGGAGAAUCUAAAGAAUUUGCCGACGUCAAUACAAACAAUAUUGACGGGUUUGAACGUGUUGCUCAACUGUUUACUACUACGCAGAUUCUAAAGCAGGUGUCUACGUUGUGUGAGUUUGUGAAGUUCAAGUUGUCUUAUAGUAAUGCCAACGUUAUGCAAAGUACUAUUCAAAAGAUGAACAAGAUUACACAACAUUUGGAGAGUAUAUUGAGUAGUGGCUAA